UCAGACUCAGAACGAGAUGUGUGAGGGCCAGUCCGUUCACCAGGCCAGUCGCAGUCAGUGAGGUUCCAACACGCUUUGCGCUUUGAGUGGUUCCGCCGCACAGAGUCCCAAGUACCAAAUACAAUCUAUCGCCAUGGAGCAACGCCUUCUUCUGGGAGUUCUGGCAAUAUUACUAACCGGAGCUAGUGAUGUUAAGUCCCAGGAAGUCUUUGGGUAUUGCACAACGCCGGACGAAAGUAAUGGGAGGUGCAUUAAUCUCAGAGAAUGUGGAUACCUGUUCGAGGUAGUCCAACGUGGAGUCAUUUCUCCUGAGGACCGAGAGUUCUUGAAAUCGAGUCAGUGCGGCUACCGCAACGGGCAGGUGCUUGUUUGCUGCGCCAACAGCGGAACCCGCAAUCAGCUUCCGCUGUGGGGAAACCAGGGUCAGCCUGCCCCAAGACCAGUGACCCAACCCUCUGGAUCUGGGUCCGGAUCCAGCCUUCUACCCAAGGCGCCCUAUUGUGGCGACAACUUCGAAAACCGCGUCGUUGGCGGCGUGGAGACCGGCAAGAGGGAGUUUCCCUGGAUGGCACUGAUCGAGUACACAAAACCUGGCAACAUCAAGGGCCACCACUGUGGCGGUUCGCUGAUCAACAACCGCUAUGUGCUGACUGCAGCGCACUGUGUAGCAGCUAUUCCCUCCGACUGGCAACUGACCGGAGUGCGCCUCGGCGAUUGGGAUACGCGGACGAACCCUGAUUGCACCACCGAGUUUAACGGGCGGGAGGAUUGCAACGACCCUUAUGUAGACAUUGCAGUGUCGGAGCGAAUUCCGCAUCCGCAAUACCCAGGCAAUGCGCGUGACCAGCUGCACGACAUCGCACUUCUUCGACUUCGGGAUGAGGUUAAAUACAGCGACUUCAUUUCUCCCGUGUGCCUGCCCAGCCUGCCUUCACAGCGCGAUCAGAUGUUCCUUGGCCGCAAGGCUGUUGUCGCCGGAUGGGGUCGCACCGAAACAAAUGCUACGUCUAGCGUCAAGCUAAAGGCGGAACUGGAUCCGGUGUCAACACGAUCCUGCAACGAGCGGUACGCCAGUCAACGGCGGACAGUGACCACCAAUCAGCUAUGUGCCGGAGGCGUCGAAGGAGUAGACUCUUGCCGAGGAGACUCUGGGGGCCCCCUACUUCUCGAAGACUAUUAUGAAGGAAACUCUAAUUACUAUAUUGCCGGAGUGGUUUCCUAUGGCCCCACACCCUGCGGCCUGAAAGGGUGGCCAGGUGUAUAUACUCGUGUGGCGGCCUACAUCGACUUCAUUGAGAACAACAUCAGACCUUAAGUUGACUUUUACAUAAAAAUGAAUAGCCGAUCUUACAAAGGAUUGUCACAGCAAAAAUCGAUUUUUAAUACAAGGUAAAUUAUAAAAUAAUUAAAUUUAAUUUGAAUAAAUUAAAUGUAAAAGCGGGUGGUCCAACAUAAUUUGAACUGGGACACUGUACACUUAAAAGAUAAAAA